AUGUGGGGGAUAUCCUAUUGGAUUGUCCCCAUCUUUUCUUCAUUAGUAUGGCUGGCGAUGCUAAUUGCCAUGCUCGUGUCAUGGACGACACAGGGCUCACCACACUACCCAUCCAUGAACGAGGGCCAAAGGAUCGCCUACAUAUCUGAUGUCGGCGCCCAAGGUCUCAAGCCCCUCUUCAUCGCCAUGUCCGCCGUAACCGUCAUAACCUUCGACCUCGCCUUCGUCUUCGAGCGCUGGCUGCGGCACACGGGCAAACUCGCCCCCAAUACCUCCAUCUGGCAGAAAAUAUACAGCGGCAUCGCAAUCGUCGGCGCGAUCGUCGGCGGCGUCGGCCUGAUCCUGCUCUCCAUCUUCGACACAGUCCGGCACCCGCGGCUGCACAACGUCUUCCUCGCCGUCUUCAUCAUCGGCUACAUCGUGUCCGCCAUCUUCAUCUGCUGGGAGUACCAGCGGCUAGGGAUCCACUUCCGGCAGCACAGCGUGCUGCGCAUCAGCUUCUGGAUCAAGCUCAACUUCAUCUUGAUCGAGCUCGCGCUGGCCAUCGCCUUCGGCGUGCUGGGCAACCAGCACCACUGGAACACCGCCGCGGUGCUGGAGUGGGUCAUAGCAUUCUUCUUCUUCUUCUACGUCGCCAGCUUCUUCAUCGACUUCAUGCCCGUCCUCCGCAGCAGGCACCACCAGAGCCGCCAGACCGAGAUGGAGAUGGCAAGGGGCGGCGACAUGGGCGAUGGCGCUGCCAAUCCGGAGAGAUAUUAUCGUGGACCGACGAAUGGCCAUGUCGAUGGCUAUGCCAACACAAACGGCUAUGCUAAUGGAUACUCCAACGGCAACGCGAAUGCGUACAAGCCUGCGGAACCGGCGCCGCUAGCCUCGAGGAACUUCUGA